CCAGCACCCCUCGGUCGUGCCUGCCGCCUCGCCGCUGCCCUGCGCCGCCGAUCCAAACACGCGCCCCCGUCCGCCAUACUCCGCCAGCUGCAUCUGCCACCACCACCCGCCCAGCAUGCUCUCGCCGACAAAGGUCGCCGGCCUCUCGGCCUACAUCCCCCACCGCGUGCGCCGGAAGUGGAGGGCCACCAAGUCGCGCAUCCACAGCCGCCAGUCGGUGACGUCGUCCAUCGCCUCGCUCGAGACCUCGUGGUCGCCGUCCGACACCAUCAAGGCCCUGCGCACCCACCCAUGGAGCAUAUACGACGCCCAGUAUCUGUUCCUGGCCAUCAUCGCCAUCUUCUCGCUGUCCGUCAGCGAGGCGCCCGGCCCCUUCGCCAAGACGUUCGCCGCGACGGCCCUGCUGUGCGGCGUGCUGAUACCCGCCACGCGCCAGUUCCUGCUGCCAUUGCUCCCUACGUUGACAUGGCUGUUCCUAUUCAAUAGCUGCAAAUAUGUUUCGCCCGAAUACCGCCCUGCCAUCUGGGUCCGCGUCCUCCCUGCCCUCGAGAACAUCCUCUACGGCGCCAACCUCAGCAACAUCAUUUCUGCCCACCAGCACACCGUGCUCGAUGUGCUCGCCUGGUUUCCCUACGGACUUGUCCACUACGUGUCCCCCGUCAUUGUCUGCGGCUGCAUGUUCAUCUGGGGACCUCCUGGCACACUCCCGACCUUCGCCCGCGCAUUCGGCUACAUGAACAUCACCGCCGUCCUCAUCCAGAUGGUGUUCCCCUGUUCGCCACCCUGGUACGAGAACACCUACGGUUUGGCACCGGCCAAUUACUCGAUCCACGGCGAUGCUGCUGGAUUGAAGGCUAUGGAUAGAAUCCUUGGUUUCGACAUGUAUACGUCUGCGUUCCAGGCCUCCCCUGUGGUCUUUGGUGCAUUCCCUUCUCUGCACUCUGGAUGGGCAACUCUGGAGACACUGUUCAUGGGACACGUCUUCCCCAAGCUGUUCCCCGUCUACGUGUUCUACACCAUGUGGCUGUGGUGGUCGACCAUGUACCUGCAGCACCACUACGCCGUUGAUCUGGUUGCUGGCAGUCUUCUCGCCGGUAUCUGCUACUUCUUCGGCCGCGCCAACUUCCUUCCCCGCGUCCAGCCCGACAAGGAGUUCCGCUGGGACUACGAUUACGUCGAGAUUGGCGACCCCAAGGACGGCACUGGCUACAGCAUGCUGGACAUCUACGAGGAGUUCCAGCCUCAUUCCGACUCCGACGACUGGGCCAGUGGUUCUUCCUCGUCCUUCUCGACUGGCGGCCGCAGCCCCAUGGGUGCACACUCACCUACUGAUGACUCCCAGAGUCUUUGGGAUGGCGACACAGUUGCGUCCGACACAGAGUCCUCGAAGCACUGAGCAACUCAGGAGGUCCUCACAUAUCUCACCCGCCCUCCACACAUUCCUACGAUCGCCCACCGCCUCCUCCCAGUGACGGCCUUCACGAUUUAUGCAUAAACAUGGAGUUUUAUUUCUGCUAGCAUUUCAGCGACACCAUCGGUUGAACCACAUAGCGUAGACCUCGGGGGUCAUCACCGCAUCUGCGCAUCAUGGCAGAUUGCAUGUAUCGCACCUUUUGCAUCCGGACAACCCCACAGCAAAUUAUUUUAUUUCGCUGUGGAUGAUCCUUAGCUUUUAAGCUGUUUUAGUACCAUUUUUACCCC